CGAGUGUUGCAGCAAUUUCGCUACCAAUGCCAUAUAAACGAUAAUACCUCACAAGUUGGCCAGCAGUUACGGAGAUCUCCCAGUGCAAGAAGGUCGAGGAUGAUCCGUUUAGUUUAUCUUUCGUUGGUGCUUUGCUUCUUGCACAUCGAAUGUGUACCGAAAGGUAUUAAGGAAGAAGGAAAAGGAAAACUUUUGUAUGCAAACCCGAAGAUUCAGGUGUUUUUAAGAGAAGGUGACACACCUUUAGAAGAAAUUGAUACAGAUUUGGCCGCCGCUUUUAAUAGUUACGCAUUAAAACACAACAAAGUCAUCGUGGGUGUACCUAUAAAUGAAAAAAUUGAUGCGAAUGAAGCGAAUAAAGCCAACGAGGUCGAUGAUGGUAACUCAAAAUUAAAUAUACCAAAAAUAUAAAAGAUAUAUAUUAUAAAUUCUUAGAACUAUGAGUGAGUAAUUUAUAUAUAAUAUAAAAAAUGUACCAAUAAAACCUUUCAAUAAAUACCUAAAGCCGUUUUUAUCUUAUCUUAUCACUAACACCUUAACUACAUAGAUUUCAAAACUCACUUGUUAUAGUUAAUUCAACACUCCCAUUUUGAGUGUGGCAUUUAGCGUUCAUUUGUUUUGGAUAUGGCUCGAAUGACGCCGAUUUUUGCAUACCUAACAAUCCUGUUUUGUUUAAACAACCACAUCGAUGCUCAAAAUUAUGGAAGUUCCAUUGCGCCGUAUCUUGUGGAGUGUUACAACCAAACCGACCUUUUCGUUGCUGACAGAAGACUUCCUUCAACUAUAAACGUCCUUAUUGAUCUUAUUAGAAAAGCUGAGGAUGGCAGAACUACCCAGGAUGCUAGGCAACUCUCCAGUGAAUUAAUCCAUAGAUUUAGGCAAGAUGGAAUAUUAAGAUCAACCGAUACAGCUGAAGAUACAGAGUUUUCUUUACCAUUCAGCCCCGUGGGGAUACAAGCAUCCAAAAAUAGAGUACUACAACUCAUCCUCAUUCCAGGAUCGGCUGUUAAUUUUCCAAAUGAAACUUUGAAUGCACUUGAAAGUUGUUCUCUUCACUUUAUUUUAUCAAGCACUGUUGACACAACGAUUCGUAAUGAUGAAUCAAACGUUUGUAAUCGAUUGGGAAGAUAUGAAAGAAGAGGAAGAAGUGUUGAUGAUGAUGUUGAAGUUUUUGAGAAGGAUCAAUUAUACAAAGCACUUCGUGGAAACAUGGAAGAAGCUGCUGAAACACCGGCUGAGCCAAGUGAUGAAACACCCGAAGAAACGCUUGAUACGCAACAUGAAGAAACCGAAGAUGACCCAGUUGAAUCCCUUGACGAAAAAACUCGUACGGGUGCUUUACAAUCUUUGAGUGAUUGCCCGGUUGAAGGUGGUGUAAUUUAUACUCGUUGGGGAGCUGUUCAAGCGGGCACUGUAAUCGCUGGCAUCGCCGCCGGGUUAGCACAACAAACAAUAGAAAACCUCGUCGACAGCAGAUUUGCAGCAACUCUAAGUGGCGAUUUAGCUAAAGCAUUAUUGUUUCAAACUGGAAGAACAGGAGCUGUACGUUCUGUGGGCGCAACCGGAGGAUGGAACAGCACCCAAGUACCCAGAUGGUAUUUUAUUAACAGCAAUACAAACUUCGAAAUGACCGAUGCUGAUAUUAGAGCUGGAAUUGAUGGGUUAAUUAUCGCCCAGAAUGUUGUUAAUUGGAGAAACAGUUUCCAAACGAUCAAAGUUUCCCAAAUACUUGAUUUAUAUUAUUCUCAACGAGGAGUUUUUAACGAAGAAGUUAGAGCGUGUAACAGAUAUAAUUUAUUAGCUACUGUUGCACCAACUGAAACAUUAAUUGCUCAAACCACUGCUUUUACUCCUCAAUUAGAUCGUUUUGCUGUUUCUCCUGGUUCUAUCAUUCCAGCUGGUAUACCAACAUUAUCACAAAGAAUUGUUAAUUUGUUUAAUCAAUAUGCACCAACGAUGUCAUCAUCCGAUCUUCAAUGCAGUGUUGAUACAAAAAGUAGGAAUAGAAUCGCAACGGAAAUCAUUAUCGUUUUAGAUACAGCGUGGACUCAUAACGUUGCCCAAGCUGCUAUUUCUUAUAUUUUAGAUAAUCUUGAUGUUAACAGAUUUGAAAGUAGCUACAUGAUUAUUAACGGUGGUGAUGGGGGAGUUAUUGUUAAUUCUAGUACAACGAUCUUGGAUUACCAUCAACGUUUUAAUUUGACAGUUCAACAAGCUCAUCAAACUGGUUUUCAAUAUAGCAGAAUGUACGCUGAAGUAGAAAACAUAGUAAGGGAAAGAAUGGAUAAUUUCACUGACGUAGGAGGAAAAUCAACAAUAGCGGUGUUUAUGCCUUCUCAAGCUACCGUUUCUGAGGCGGAUAGGAAUUUUGCUCGGGAGAGACUUGAAAUGCAACGCUCCUUAUUACCAGAUUUACGUAUUAUGGUACUUGGCCCUGGUCAAGCUACAGUUUAUACCGAUUUAACAACCGGAGGCGAAAUGGAUGUAUUUACUUUACAAAAUUCCAUAGAUGGAACAAACAUUGUAACGGCACUUAAUCCAUUUUUGGAUAGAGUGCGCGAUAUACCCAGAAGGCUUAUUAAUCCUGCGUGCAGAUCUGAUUUCUCAGGUUCAGAAGGAGAGACGCAUACACACGACGAUUUCCUUGAACCACAAACAAUUAACUAUUACAGAAUUUCCCCUAAUUACUUUUUCGGAGAUGGUGAUCGUUCGUUAAUCGUAAGAGGACAAGGAUACGGUACUUUUGUUGUUUGCACUUCAAGAACCGAUAUGUAUGUUAGUCAAAAUAGCACCGCAGCUGAUAGAGACUGUAGGAAUAUCAAUUCUAAUGAAGAAACGUUUAUUAUGGAUGGCUUUUGUACCGGGGGGUUAAUUCUAGAUUGCGCACCAUUUUACAUUUCAGUUCAAUCAACGGCGGUUAAUACAAUUUGGCGUUGUACAGAUGUAGGCUGUAGAUUCCCUGAUAAUAUCAAAUUUACAUUUACAUUAGUCAACUUUUCUUGCCGUAGCAGUUCCACAACCAUCAUGGGAAGCGUAGCUUUAAUAGCCGUAAUGUUAGCGUUAUUGAAAUGGUAAUUAUAAAAAAAAUAAUACAUAUUGAAGAAUACAUUUGUAAGAUAUCAACAUUGUAGUUCGAUAAUUUAUUAACAUAAGUAUUUUUAUUUUAA